GCUUUAACAGGGACUUUGUCAAUCCCAAUCACAAUGUCCUUUUGUCGUUUUGCAUCUUCAUCUUCACCAUAUCAUCUUCGUCCAAGCCCUCCCUCACCCCACCCAAUCCAAAGCUGAAGUCCUUCACAUUUUAAACAAUGGUCCAUAAUAAACUAAAACCAUGUUAUUAUUGUUUUCCAUUGCUGUUCAUAUUAGCAUGCUUUGUUGCACCAUCAUGGAGUGAAACCGAGGCCGAAAUCUUGCUCAGGUUUAAGGACUCUUUAGCCAAUUACGGCUCUCAACUAGACGAUUGGAACGGCUCGGGUCCAGGUCCAUGCGAUAAUCCAAACUGGACCGGUGUGCGCUGCUUCAAAGGCUCAGUCUUCGGUCUGAAGCUAGAAAACAUGGGUCUGACAGGCGUAAUCGACGUCAACACACUAACGGGGUUGCAGCUUUUACGUACCGUAAGCUUUAUGAACAACAGCUUUGGUGGUCCAUUCCCAGAGGUUAAGAAGCUCACUUCUUUACGAGCCUUGUAUUUGGCAUACAAUCAUUACUCGGGUGAGAUACGUAACGAUGGAUUCACAGGCAUGCCGGCCUUGCAAAGGGUUUUUCUGGCAUGGAAUAACUUCUCUGGUUCAAUCCCGAAAUCAUUGGCUACAUUGCCGAGUUUGUUUCAAUUGAGCCUCGAGCAGAACCAUUUUGAAGGACGGAUACCGGAUUUUCAACAGGAUUUUAAACAGGAUGGCAGUUUUGUUAAUCUAGCUUAUAACAAGCUCGAGGGUCCGAUACCGUAUAGUUUGAGGAAGAUGAAUGCAAGCUUCUUCGAAGGGAACAACCUAUGCGGGGAACCACUGCCCAAAUGCAGUUCCUCAAGAAAGAAACGGACCAUCAUAAUAAUCAUCGUGGUAGCCGGUUCGUUGGUUGUCUUAGCACUCAUCGCCGCAGUUUCCUAUAUCCUCAAAGAUCCAGCCAUGGCAUCCCGGUUCAAAAAGGCAGAAAAGAAAAAACCAGCGGGGAACGUAAUAAUGGGGAAGAAAGAGGAUCAAUCAUCGCAGCAUUACAGAAAGUUAGGUGAGAAAGCGAAACUUUAUUUCGUGAGAAAUGACAGGGAGAAGUUCCAGUUGCAGGAGUUGCUAAGGGCAUCGGCAGAGGUGCUGGGGAGUGGGAGCUUUGGGUCGUCGUACAAAGCUGUGAUCUCGAGUGGGGAAGCCUUGGUGGUGAAGAGGUUUAAGCAAAUGAAUAAUGUGGGGAAGGAAGAGUUCCGAGAGCACAUGGUUAGACUUGGAAGGUUGUCACACCCUAACCUGCUUUCCCUUGUGGCUUUCUAUUACAGAAAAGAAGAGAAGCUUUUGGUGUCUGAUUUUGCUCCCAAUGGAAGCCUGGCUAGUCAUCUUCAUGCAAGGCGUGCUCCAGGAGAGCCAGGGCUUGAUUGGCCAACUAGAUUGAAGAUCAUCAAAGGAGUAGCAAAGGGUUUGGCUUACCUUUACAAUGAACUCUCCAACCUUACACUCCCCCAUGGCCAUCUCAAAUCCUCCAAUGUCCUUUUAAACCACACAUUCGACCCCCUCCUAUCUGACUACGCCUUGCUCCCCGUCAUGAACAAAGAACACGCCCAACAAUUCAUGGUGGCAUACAAGUCCCCUGAAUUCUCCCAAUACGACCGAACUACACGAAAGACCGACGUCUGGAGCCUCGGAAUACUUAUCCUCGAAAUGCUAACAGGUAAGUUCCCAGCCAACUAUUUGAGACAAGGUAAAGGUGGCAAUGCAGAUUUGGCAACUUGGGUGAACUCCGUUGUGAGAGAAGAAUGGACCGGAGAAGUGUUCGACAAAGACAUGAAAGGGACCAAGAACGGGGAAGGCGAGAUGCUGAAGCUGUUGAAGAUCGGGAUGGGUUGCUGCGAAUGGGAUAUAGAGAAGAGAUGGGAAUUGAGAGAGGCUUUGGAGAGGAUUGAAGAGUUGAAAGAGAGGAAUAGUGAUAAUGUUGAAGACUAUUCUUCGUAUGGCAGUGAAGGGGAUGUGUACUCAUCUAGAGCAGUCACCGAUGAUGAGUUUUCGUUCUCGGUUCAGGCUUGAAAACGUGAAACCAAAUCGUUAGGAAUGUUUGGAGUGGAUCAUAACAUUUGUUUUAACUGUGAUUUGGUGCUUAACAUUUCCAAGAAUUUGCAGACAUAGCAUGUGAGUGAUAAUGUUUAUUAUAUGUGUUAUGGGGAAAAUUCAUAUGAUGCAUUUAUUAUAAAUUUAGGAUCUCAUGUUCUUUUAA